AUGGCCAAGUGGGGUGAAGGGGAUCCUCGGUGGAUUGUAGAAGAGCGUCCAGAUGCGACUAACGUAAAUAACUGGCAUUGGACAGAAAAAAAUGCUGGUCCAUGGUCGAAGGACCGUUUGAAAGAAUUACUGAAUAAUUUAAAAAUAGCCCAAAAUGGUAUAGAUUGUAAGAUAACAAAUGUCGAAAGUAUAGACGGUGAGGCGACCGCGAAUAAUAGGAAAGGUAAAUUAAUAUUCUUUUACGAAUGGGACAUUAAAUUGAAAUGGGAAGGCGUCUUGGCUGGUGCGGCUGAGAAAAUCAAAGGGGAAGUUCAUAUCCCUAAUUUAUCUGAAGAGAAUGAUGUCAGCGAAGUGGACAUGACUGUUACCAUCAAGGGCAGUGGGGAUGAAGCUCAAAGGGUUAAAGCAUUCAUGCACAACGUCGGCAAAGAUCAGAUAAGGAAACAGCUAUCGGAAUACAUUAGAAGCCUAAAGGAAGAAUUCUCGAAAGGUCUCAUCCUUCCAAAGAAAGGAGAGGCUCCGAUCAAGCCCGACAAUGUUUCAACCAUAACAAGCGGUUUUAAUAAGAAAAUCAGUAUGGAACCAGUGCUGUCGAACAAUAAACAGCAAAUUGGCUGUAAAUUAGAUACAAAAAUCAUUGAAUUGACGGAGACAUUUCAAUGCCGGGCAAAUGAAUUUUAUGAUGCGAUGACUCGAAUAGAAAUGGUCACGGCAUUCACUCAGGGCCAUGUUAAAAUGGAAGCGGAGAAGGGUGGUAAAUUUUCGUUGUUUGGAGGCAAUGUUAGCGGUGAAUUUCGAGAGUUGGUUCCCGGCAAGAAGAUUGUACAGCUUUGGAGAUAUAAGCAGUGGCCGGACCACCAUUUCUCCGAAGUUACAUUCACUAUGGAAGAAAAGGAUGAUCACACCCUUGUAACUCUCAAACAAGAUCUGGUUCCCUCCCAAGAAAUUGAACAAACACGGGAAAAUUGGAAACGCUAUUACUUCAAUAGCAUCAAAAGAGCAUUUGGCUUUGGAGCUUUCCUUUGA